CAUAAGUCCAGUAUUGAAGUAAAAAAAAAAGGUGUUGAAAUAUUUAACAUGUAUUGUAUAUAGAUAAAUAAACGUUGAUUGCUCAGUUGAUAAUGCAGUAAGUUUAGAAACAUGGCGAUGGCGAUCUGUGAUGAUACUCCAAGAAUUACUAACACGAGUGAUGCAUAGUUUUGUUCUAUUGUUUAAAAAAAUAUCAAGUGUUUAAAAAAUAAUAAUAAAUAAUUCCAAAUGUUACGACGUCGCAAAAUAAACUAUAAAUUUAUUCGCAGGACAAUGCGAAGGUGAGUUUUUUUUCGUGGGUGUGUUAUCUAUAUAUAUUUACAUAUAUAUAAUAGUGAUCCAGUUAGAAAAAAAAUAAAUUGCUGCUGCUAAAUUGCUGGUUAUAAUAAAUAAAUAACGUAUUUAUAAAUAAUAACAUGUUAAAUUAUAAGUAAAUAAAUUCAAAUAAUUGCGCAAACAAUAAAAAAAAAAACCAACAAUGUCACUGGUUGCAAUAAAACAAUCACGUCAGGGUAAUGGACACGACGACGAUGAUGAUGAUAAUCAUGAUGUGGAGCGUCGUGAAGAAAAAGAAGAUUGGGAAUUACCACUUGCUUUUAAUAAACCGAGACAUACUGCGACUAUUGAGGGUAUCAAUUGUAUAACACAAUUUUGGAGAUUAAAAGAACGGAUGAAAACAGUGAGCGUAGCUCUGGUUCUCUGUUUGAAUGUGGGCGUUGAUCCUCCAGAUAUUGUCAAGACUCAGCCUUGUGCACGACUAGAGUGUUGGAUUGACCCGCUGUCAGUGAGUCCGCAAAAAGCGUUAGAAACAAUAGGAAGUAAUUUACAAAAACAAUACGAGCGAUGGCAGCCACGUGCUCGGUACAAGCAGAGUCUAGACCCGACAGUAGAGGAGGUCAAGAAAUUAUGCACGUCUUUGCGUAGAAAUGCCAAAGAAGAGCGAGUGUUGUUUCAUUACAAUGGCCAUGGAGUCCCAAAGCCAACAAGUAAUGGCGAAAUUUGGGUUUUCAAUCGAACGUAUACGCAGUACAUUCCAUUAUCUGUUUACGAUUUGCAAACUUGGAUGGGCGCACCGAGUAUUUAUGUAUAUGAUUGCUCCAAUGCUGGUAUUAUUGUUGAUUCAUUUCAACAGUUUGCUGAACAGCAUGAAAAAGAGUACGAGAUUGAAAAACAAAAUCGUGCUGCUGGUGUCGCUGGUAUUCAAAUGCCAUCAUAUAAAAAUUGUAUCCAAUUAGCCGCUUGUGCGGCCAAUCAAAUAUUACCAAUGAAUCCGGAUUUGCCGGCUGAUGUUUUUACCUCUUGCUUGACUACUCCAAUAAAAAUAGCUUUACGUUGGUUUGUUAUGCAGAAUACUUCUAAGUUAGUUCCUAAGAUUUCAUUGGACCUUAUUGAUAAGAUUCCUGGACAAUUGACUGAUCGACGAACUAUGCUUGGAGAAUUAAAUUGGAUAUUUACAGCAAUCACAGACACUAUCGCGUGGAAUACAUUACCCCGUGAUUUAUUUCAACGUUUAUUUAGACAAGAUUUACUAGUAGCUAGCUUAUUCAGAAAUUUUUUACUUGCUGAACGAAUACUGCGUUCUUACGAUUGUACACCAGUAUCUUGCCCCAGACUACCGCCUACUUAUCAACAUCCAAUGUGGCAGGCAUGGGAUUUAGCGCUUGAUUUAUGCUUAUCACAAUUGCCAUUAAUAUUAGAGUCCGAAGAUCAAUUUGUACAUUCGCCAUUCUUCGAGGAACAAUUAACAGCAUUUCAAGUAUGGUUAACACUCGGGUCUAAGAAUCGUGAUCCGCCUGAGCAGUUACCAAUUGUCUUACAAGUUUUAUUGAGUCAAGUUCAUCGACUUCGUGCUUUAGAACUGCUUGGAAAAUUUCUAGAUCUCGGUCCAUGGGCUGUCAACUUAGCACUGAGCGUUGGAAUAUUUCCUUAUGUUUUAAAAUUAUUGCAGAGCAGUGCUAGAGAACUACGGCCACUUUUGGUAUUUAUUUGGGCUAAAAUUCUCGCAGUGGACAGCUCGUGUCAAGCUGAUUUGGUGCGCGAUGGUGGGCACAAGUACUUUUUGUCUGUAUUACAAGAUACGUCAAUGGCAAGUGAACAUCGUACUCUAGCUACAUUUGUGCUGGCUAGUAUCGUAAAUAAUUACCCACUUGGACAAGAAGCAGCUCUCCAAGGUAGUCUAGUGUCCAUUUGUCUUGAACAAUUAAACGAUUCAAAUCCUUUACUGAGACAAUGGCUUUGUCUUUGCCUCGGCAGAAUUUGGCAUAAUUACGAGAAGGCUCGAUGGUGUGGAGUUCGUGAUACUGCUCAUGAAAAAUUAUCUAUACUGCUUCAAGAUCCGAUACCGGAAGUAAGAACUGCUAGUGUUUAUGCUCUCGGUACUUUUGUCAAUAGUGUUACUAAACGCAGUGAACAUGCGAAUAAUAUUGAUCAGAUAAUAGCAAUGACACUUAUAAAUAAUGUCACGCACGACAUGUCGCCAUUAGUGAGAAAGGAAUUAGUCGUUGCAUUACAAUGGAUGGUACAACAUUUUGAAAACUCAUUUGUAACAUUGGCUGUUGCUGAAGAAAACUCACGCCGAGAUCUUGUGGUCGAAACAUUUUCACCGUUCAGCGGAAUGAGACGAAUUGGAUCAAGAGAUCGGUUAAAAAUGUUGCCGCCAAAUAAUUCACACUCAUCGGACACCGGGAUUGAAAGUUUGGGUUCUGAUCGGAUUAAAAGAGUCUCCUCAUCAUCGUCAAUCAGCAGUUUAGGAAAUAAUUGGGAAUUCGUAAGGAAGCCUUGCGAGUCUCUGGGUCACAGUUCACUGGGUAAUUUACCGAGUCUUUCAUACGGAAGUGUCUACAUGAAAUUAUGGCACGGACUCGCUGCUUUGGACAAUGACCCUCAUCCAGGUGUCGCGGGAAUGUCGCUAAAAGUAACAACUCAUAUACGUAAUCAAGUGAAGGAGUCAUCAGCGCCGAAAGAAGUGUCGGAAACUAAAAUAGCUUCAUCACUGUCACUUCCACCAUCGCCGUCAAAUCGCACAAGUUACCUCAAUAAAGACUCUCCGCCUACGACAAACUCGACGUCUGAUUUAUUACGAUCGUCACGUGUACCUGUCUAUGGAAAUCGUAUCAGAAAACCAAUUCCAAAUACAAUAUCCGAGGAGACAGAUGAAAUAAUUGGCUUACGUAAGCCACUCACGAGCUCACAAUUUGUUGAAUGGAGCUGCGCUCAAUUUGCUCAGCCAGUGAGUUUUGACAGCGUGACAGAAUCAACAAGUGAUAUGGAGAGCCGAGCGCACUAUGAACGCGAAUGGAGAUAUUUACGUAACUCAAGACAGCGACGUGACGCGCGUGAAGAGUAUCAGAAAACACACGCAUCGAGAAUUGAAUCCCAGAUAUUUCACAGUCGCUGUCCACAACAACCUGACGCUGUCAUGCUUCAUCCAUUCGAUUCGCACGUGGUCGUGGCGUGUAAAGACAGUUUUGGAAUAUGGGACUGGCAUUCGGGUACUAAGUUGACUUAUCAUACGUCUCGAAAUAGCAAGACGUCUGCUAAAAUUACCACACUGGAGUUUAUCAACUCCCACGACGUUUCAUUUUUGAUGACCGGGUCAGACGAUGGCGCGGUGCGAGUUUGGAAAAAUUAUUGCAACUUAUUAGGCCGUGAACCCACGUUACUGACCGCUUGGCAAGCGUUAGCAGACGUUCAACCGGCAACGAAAGCUUCUGUAGCUUCUGCAGGACUGGUCACUAGUUGGGAGCAACGAUCUUUGACGUUAGCAGCCUCUGGAGAUGUAAGAGUUGUCAGACUUUGGGAUGCCGAAACGGAAUUGAAGAAACAGGACUUGCCUACCGGUGCUGACUGUUGCGUCACGUGUUUAGAUACCGACGGAACAGGUUCAAUGAUGGUCCUUGGCUGUGGCGACGGUUCAGUCCGACUGUUUGAUCGCCGAUUACCACCCGCUGAAGCGAGAAUAAUGACCUGGCGUGAACACAAUGCCUGGGUUCUUGGUGCUUAUUUACUUAAAUCCAACGGCUUACAGACAGACCGUUUGAUUACUGGUUCAUCCAGUGGCGACGUUAGAAUAUUUGAUCUCAGAAAAAAUUCAUCUAUAAAUGUUAUACAAACUACUCAAGGUCUUACAGCAUUUACUGUUCACCCAGUCGCUAAUCUUUUUGCAUGUGGAUCUAUGCAUCACUGCAUCAGUAUAUACAAUACAACGACAAACCAUCUCGUGAAUACAAUAAAAUUCCACGAAGGAUUUAUGAGUACACGAAUAAGUCCUGUGAGCUGCUUAAAUUUCCAUCCGUACCGGGUGAUCCUUGCUGCUGGAUGUAUUGACAAUUCUAUAACUGCUUAUGCUGCUGAACCUCGUAGAUGACUGUCGGAGAUUGAAUCCACUCACAGCGCGUACGUUCUUUAAUACCAAAAAAAAAAAAAAAAGAA